GAAUGGCAGAAGCUUCCAAUUGGACUCGGUGAACUUUGCAUAAACACGACUCUUCGCUGCGGACAAUGCUUCAGAUGGCGCAAAUCAGACGAAGGUGUCUGGUCCAUGGCUCUUCAUGGCCGUAUCCUAGCAUUGCACCAGGACCCUGAGUAUCUAUACUACCGCUCCAUCAUUCCUACAAAACAGUCGUACGCCUCUAAAGUUGAAUCUGACGAUGACACCCUACCACUUCUGAGACACUACCUCAAUCUUGGUCCCAACCUUACUCAGCUAUAUACCGAAUGGUCUUCAGCCGAUGCAAACUUCAGUCGCAAAGCUCCUAAAUUUACUGGCAUUCGCAUCCUGAAGCAAGAUGCAUGGGAAGCUCUUGUGGGCUUCAUCUGCAGCUCGAACAACAAUAUUGCUCGCAUAUCCCAAAUGGUCGACAAGCUGUGUACAAAUUAUGGUCCCCUCAUCGGCCAAUUCGACAACAAAGACUACUAUGACUUCCCUACUCCAUCUUCAUUGGCGAAGCCGGGUGUCGAACAAAAACUGAGAGAAUUGGGCUUCGGAUACAGAGCAAAGUACUUGUACAAGACAGCCUGCAUGGUUGCAGACAAAGAAGAUGGGUGGUUGGAUGCUCUACGGAACCCUGAGAGCCCUGUUCUAGGUGUCAAGCCAGCACCGGCUGGUGAAUGGGCAAAUGAAGGAAGAGAAGGAUAUAGAAAAGCACAUGAAGAACUGCUUGCACUCCAAGGUGUAGGUCCGAAGGUCGCCGACUGUGUAUGUCUCAUGGGUCUAGGCUGGGGAGAGGCUGUUCCAGUCGACACACAUGUCCUCCANGUCUGGCAGAUUGCCGUUCGCGAUUACAAAUUUGGCAAAGGCAAGCACUCGAGCCUGACCAAGGCCACUUAUGAUGCUGUCGCGAACAAGUUCCGUAGUCUCUGGGGCCAAGAGGCUGGUUGGGCACAUUCAGUCCUCUUCACUGCUGAUCUCAAGGCCUUCUCGGAGCGACUCGUGGCCAAGACCGAAGUCAAGGACGAAGUGACAGAAGUCAAGACUGAAGACGGUGUACCCGUCACAGAGACCAUUAUUGAAGAGGACAAGACUUUGGUUAAGGGCAUCAAGAGAGAAGCCGAGGAGGACGAACAGAAGCUUGUCGAGACGAAACACAACAUUGUCAAGAAAGCAAAGAGAAGAAAGAAGGCAUCAUAUUGA